AUGCCGGUCCGGAGGGGUCACAUGGCGCCACAGAACACAUUUCUUGGAGUCAUAAUUCGUAAAUUCGAAGGACAAAAUAAGAAAUUCAUUAUCGCCAAUGCUUGUGUGCAAAAUUGCGCCAUCAUCUACUGCAACGACGGAUUCUGCGAAAUGACCGGCUUCUCCAGGCCGGACGUCAUGCAGAAGUCGUGCACGUGUGACUUCCUCCACGGCCGCUUCACCAGCCGCUACGCCAUCACCCAAGUGGCCCAGGCCCUCCUGGGCACGGAGGAGCGCAAGGUGGAGAUCAUGUACCAACGGAAGGAUGGUUCCAAGUUCCUCUGUGCAACACAUAUCAUCCCAGUGAAGAAUGAAGAAGGUGUGGUCAUGAUGUUCAUCCUCAACUUUGAUUGCAUUCUGGACGUGGGCAGCAGUGCCUCAGUGGAAAAGCUAAAGCCCGCCUCCCCUUCCAAAGCUGACCAACGGAAAAGGAGAGCCUUCCAUUUCCAUUUGCCAGUUCUGCCGUUUCUGGGCAUCAGCAAGCAGUCCUUGCCUCAGGAAGACCCUGACGGUUUGAUGGUCGACUCUCCUUGCCACAGCGACGACUCUGUGGCAAUGUGCAACGACCGACUCCCAAACAUCCGUGACAGUUGGAGUCCCCCAAACCCGAAUGACACCCGCACCCUUAUCGCCCCAAGUUUUUGUUCCACACCUGUGUCUGCCCCCUUGGACCACUCGUCGCCCAAAGGUGUUUGGGGCAGAUUAUACCCAGAUGAGGCUGUUGUCAAGAGCCAGGGUGAUACAAUGUUUGCUGCUCCAUCCAUCCCAGGCCUCAUUCCAAAUGCAUCCAGGGACAGUGUAUGUAGUAUUCGUAGAGCCUCUUCCCUCUACGACGUGGAUGGUUUUAGAUCCUGCUCCAAGAUGGCCUUCAGGGAUCGGCACGCCAGCGAAGGGCCUCUCAUCCAGAUCAAAUCAAGUCUGCUCUGCUCCACCUCUGACUCCAACCUCAACAAGUACAGCACAAUCAACAAGAUUCCCCUCAUCACGCUGAACUUCUCGGAGGCCAACAUGGAGAAGAAGUGCCCCUCCACGCCGCCUUCGGACAAAACCGUGAUCGCACCCAAGGUCAAAGACCGCACGCACAAUGUCACGGAUAAAGUCACACAGGUCCUUUCGCUGGGCGCCGAUGUGCUGCCGGAGUACAAACUCCAGAGCCAGCGCAUGGACAAGUGCACCAUCCUUCACUACAGCCCCUUCAAAGCCGUGUGGGACUGGCUCAUCCUGCUGCUGGUCAUCUACACGGCCAUUUUCACGCCCUACUCGGCCGCCUUCCUCCUCAACGACAUCGAGGAGCUGGAGAGACGGCAGUGCGGCUACUCCUGCUCGCCGCUCAACGUGGUGGACCUGAUGGUGGACAUCAUGUUCAUCGUGGACAUCCUCAUCAAUUUCCGGACCACGUACGUCAACAACAACGAGGAGGUGGUCAGCCACGCGGGCAAGAUCGCCGUCCACUACUUUAAAGGCUGGUUCCUCAUCGACAUGGUGGCCGCCAUCCCCUUUGACCUGCUCAUCUUUGGAUCGGGAUCUGACGAGACCACCACCCUAAUUGGUCUGCUGAAGACCGCCCGCCUCCUGCGUCUGGUACGCGUGGCGCGCAAGCUGGACCGCUACUCCGAGUACGGCGCCGCCGUGCUGAUGCUGCUCAUGUGUAUCUUUGCCCUAAUCGCUCAUUGGCUGGCCUGCAUCUGGUAUGCCAUCGGCAAUGUGGAGAAGCCUUACUUGGAGCACAAGAUCGGCUGGCUGGACAACCUGGGCUUGUCCAUAGGGAAGAAAUAUAACUACAGCGACCCGAGCUCCGGGCCGUCCAUCAAAGACAAGUAUGUGACUGCGCUGUACUUCACCUUCAGCAGCCUGACCAGCGUGGGCUUCGGCAACGUCUCCCCCAACACCAACUCGGAGAAGAUCUUUUCCAUUUGUGUCAUGCUCAUCGGAUCGCUGAUGUACGCCAGCAUCUUCGGGAACGUGUCGGCCAUCAUCCAGAGGUUGUAUUCCAGCACGGCCCGUUAUCACCUCCAGAUGCUUCGUGUCAAAGAAUUCAUCCGCUUUCACCAGAUCCCGAACCCGCUCAGGCAGCGGCUGGAGGAAUAUUUUCAGCAUGCCUGGACGUACACCAACGGCAUCGACAUGAAUAUGGAGGUGCUGAAGGGUUUCCCAGAGUGCCUGCAGGCAGAUAUCUGCCUUCACCUCAACAAGAACCUCUUGCAGGGCUGCAAGGCCUUUCACGGCGCCACGAAAGGUUGCCUCCGAGCCCUGGCCACGAGGUUCAAGACCACGCACGCCCCCCCUGGAGACACGCUGGUCCAUAGCGGAGACGUGCUCAGCAUGCUAUAUUUCGUCACACGCGGCUCCAUCGAGAUCCUCAGAGAAGAUGUUGUUGUAGCCAUCUUGGGCAAGAACGAUACCUUUGGCGAAAUGAUCCACCUGUCCGCCAAGCCGGGGAAAUCUUGCGCUGAUGUGCGGGUUCUGAGCUACUGCGACCUGCACACCAUCCAGCGGGAGGAGCUCUUGGAGGUUCUGGAUAUGUACCCAGAAUUUGCUGAGCAUUUCAUCACGAACCUGGAGCUGACCUUUGACCUUUGUGAUGAAAAUGCCAAGACAACCCAGCCACAAGACACCGCUUCCAACAUUGACGCUAUAACCAGUCGAAGGAGAGCGUCAUGCACCAGGAAGUCUUCCGCUGGCUCUCUACAAAGGGAGCCCGCAGCAACAUUGUGUCACACCAAGCAGAGGCAAAUCUGCGCGUCCUCCCCUGCAGCCAAUCAGCAGGGAGAUUGUGCCAUGGAAGAAGACGAGGACAAGGAAGAGGAGGUCGAGGGGAAGACAAGCAGCGGGGAGGGGGAAGAGGAACAGAAGCCCUGCUGUGCCGGCGAACUGGGCUACCCGCCGGCGACAGACCACCGCUCUGGCGUUCUCGGGAUCGGCACGCCCGGAGAUGGCGCGCAGGUCCGUGCAAAAGGCUGCCGAGCCGAGGCGAAGGAGUCGUCCCUGUGUCCGGCCACGCCGACUGGGGAGGAGGACGUCGAUACAGACCUCGGCUAUGUCGAAGUAGAGCAGCGGCUGGACAGACUGCAACAGCACCUCGACAGGCUGGAGUCCCAGAUGACGGCCGACGUACAAGCCAUCCUCCGGCUCCUCCAGAGGCAGACCACCGCCUUCCCUCCCGCUUACAGCACCGUCCGGUCCGGCGUGCCCGAGGCUGACCACCAGGGAGCAGCCGGAGUCCUCGGCCAUCCAGGCGACUCCCGGACUCAGUCCUACUCCGCCUCUGACUCCUGGCCCAGAAGAGGUCCGACCGAGCGCCACCUCCCCGUUCCUGCGCCGCACAGAGACUCUUCCAGGUGCGAACGCAGUUGGAUGCAAGCAGGGACUCGAAGCGUGUCCUCCGUCGAACGACGCCACUGCCAGCAUCCCCUGAGGCCGUCUUCAGACUGCGCGCGCUCGCUGCAGCUCGGUACCAACGGGACUCCGCAGACCCGUUUGUGACCCGCGGCUCCCUUACACGUUGCCCUGCCCAACGUUCCCAAGACAACUAAGGACCUUCUCCUAAGUUUUGACUCAGGGUCAAAGAAGUUGAAUAUGCAAAGGAACAACAACAACAAUAAUAAACUUCCAUUCCUUUACAGAAUAUCCCUUGCUAGUUGCAAUUUGGAUUUCUUAAAUCCAUUUAUAUAUACACUGUGUACAGAACAUAUAAGAUCAUAAUCUACUAUAAAUGUAUUUUAAAUACAACACUGUCAGUGACAUGAGAUGUGCAUGGUUUGUUUUUUGUUUUUUACAGAGUAUUUUUGGUUUGCUCCUUAAUAUAUCAAUUCCCACAGCCAUCACAAUGUCGAUUUAGUAAGUAGAAAUGUGCAAAUAUUUCAGUUCAUUUUGAGGUUUUUAAGAUAUUUAUUUUCCUGUCCAUGUGAACAUAUAUUGUAUGUCACCUCAUUUUUGAGCAACGAAACAACCGAAAAUAAA